UCCCACGGUCGGGGCAGGUCCCAUCGAUAUAUAACCGACCAGUCUUCAGAAUGCUACUGGUUUCCAUGUCAUCUAGCCGUAUACUACUAGGACCGGUUCCCUAAGAUGCCACUGGCCGGAAUCGAAAUAGCAGCCACGGACUACCUGUGCGCCAAAGGCCAAAGUUAUCGUGCCGGGGCGUGGCGGUAACUAAACAAGUUCUACUUGCUUAGCACCGCUAAACUUAUGCAUACAUACCGGCUCGACAGCCAUCCGACCUAUGCUUGUAGAGUACUCUAAGCUACCUUCCGGCCGACGCCUCCCGUGUUCAUGAACGGUAGGCUAUGUAUCUACAUAUCUACAUGGCUCCAAGUUUGCUUGUCGAGAUACGUCGACCGGCCACCCAGUUGCGAUAACCGAUCGGUAUGCACCCAAGACCCAACAUGCGCACCACCACUAAACUUUCCCGUGCCAAUGGCAUCCCUGAAACCUUCCUCACCACGCUAUGUAUCGCUCAAGCCCGACACGAUAUGUGUGGCCGAAGCACCGCAGGCAGCAGUGAGAGGAGCACACCAGACCCCGCGGUUGCCGCGACCUGGUAGGGUACACGGUGUACCGUGUACCUGGUAGUCAGGGUGGGGAAAGUGUAUUGCUCGUCCCGUGAUAAAGAUCGGCUACG